AUGUUCGAAUCAACAUCAGCUCCAGUUCAAGCUCAAGGUCAACCAUCGACGCCACAAAAACAAGCUUCAUCAGCCGCCGGUAGUAAAAAGAAAGCAGCAGGUGUUAAAAAAUCAGCAUCAUCGCAUCAAUCGAAUCAUCCAAAAUAUGCUGAUAUGAUAAAAGCAGCAAUUGUACAAUUAAACGAUCGUGGAGGUUCAUCACGUGCAGCAAUACUCAAAUAUAUUUUGGCUAAUUACAAAGUUGAACCACAGUCAGCUAAUCAACAUUUGAAAGUUGCGUUAAAAAACGGAUUGAAAACAAAUUAUUUUCGACAAACAAAAGGUACUGGUGCGAGUGGAUCGUUCAAACUGGGUACUGCUACUUCAAGUGGUAAAAAGGUUAUCAAAAAGAAAUCGGUUAAAAGUACAACUGGAAGUCCGAAAAAAACUGCUGUAGCAAAAAAGAAAUCAACAUCAUCGACAAGCGCCGCAAAACCAAAAAAAGCCUCAGGAACCAGCAAACGAUCGACGUCACCAUCGAAACCAAAAGCUCCACGUGAAGCCAAACCAAAAACAAAAGCUUCGACAAAAUCGACUUCAGCAUCAACGAAAAAGAGUGCAACAGCAAGUGGUCCAAAACCAGCAGCAGUUAAGAAAGCCACUUCACCGUCGAAAGGCAAGAAAAUAGUUCUUAGAGCACCAAAAUCAGCAACAUCGAAACAAAGUGGUGGUGCGAAAAAACCCGCUUCAGCUGCUAAAAAGCCCAAAGUAGGAGGUACCAAAUCAGCAUCGUCGAAAAAAGUACCAUCGAAAAAAGCAGUGCCAAAGAAAACAGCAUAA